UGACUUGGAUCUGUCGAGCGCUCAUCACUACCACCAAUCUACCCAAAAAGUAGUGAUAAUCCAUCGAUUACCACCCCAGGAGUCAAAAUACGAGAUCAUCAACACCAAUAAAUCUCGGAUAAAUUCAGUGAUACCAGUGAAAUCAGUGGAGUCCCAUAAAAGUGCAGUGACACUCUGAGGUGAAUUAACGUGAAAACUCGUGUCACUCGACAGACGAUCGAUAAUCUCGCACGGAAGUGUGCGACGUGCGCGUCAUCGUCGGGGGAAAAAACACUGCAGUUUUGAGGUUUGAAGAAGUGAUAUUAUGAAGGCAAUGGUUGUUAGUCCAGUUGGGGGACGUGUACCACCUACUCGUGGUGUUAUCCACAGUAGUUUGGGUAUCAAUGGCACACGACGUGACCUCGAGGCCGAGGAGGUGGCAGCAUAUCUCACUAAACUCAGGUCCCUAGUACCUGAUAUGCCGAGAAAACGCAAAUUAUCGAAGCUCGAGGUGAUCCAGAGGGUUAUCGAGUAUAUAUGCGAUCUACAGACGACACUUGAGGAGACUAAUAUACAUCAGGAUACAGUUAAAGCAACGACGAGACAACCGUUGCAGCCACUUUUGAAUGCACCAACUAGCACGAGCUCUCCGGCAGCAGUUGCUGAGCGGUGACCACCAAAAAACGAUCAAUGAAUCGAGUGAGGAGAAAAUGGAGCGUCAAGGGGUGGGCAAAUGUUCAUGGGGGAUGGAUUACUUGGAGGAGGCCUUCAACCGUCCGAUGAUCAGCCCUGGGUUCUGCUCGCUGCAUUCUCCAUUCAUGUUUUUUUUUUCUGCCUUUUUUUUUUCAACGCGAGACUGUUGUCUGGAGUAAUGCAAGUCCUGCUCGGAGGAGACUGUAAAUAGUGUAUAUACGGAUAUGAUAUAAGCUCAUUGCAUUCCUCGCACGACCUCGUCGAAAUCGAUAAAACGAUACCCUCACCCAUCCCCUCACUGCCACCCCAUUUCCCAUCCCCUCCUUCGUGAUAAUUCAGACAAUUUUUCUGAUUUCUGAGCUCCCGUCGAGCUCCCUUAUUUUGAGUAUUUGAGAUUCAAUUCUUUUGGUCUUUGUUUUUAUUCGGAGUUGUGACUCUUCUUCCAGCGAAUUUUUUUUCCUUUUUUGUUGAAAUUUUCAUAUGUUUUAUGGACUCCGUGGAACCUAUCCCAGAUUAUUAUUUCAAUUUAUAUUGUAGAUAUACAGAGAAUUAAAGUAGAAUGAUGGAUUUAUUGUAAUCAUUAUUCACAUCGAUUAUUAUAAUUAUUGUUAUCGUUCUUUGUAAUAUUAUUUUAGUGAUGAGAGUGGUAAAAUGAUGAAUACCCGCAGAUAUUGUAUAUUUGCAAAGACUGAAAGGCUGUAAAUACAUCGACAAGCGGGUUGUUGUAAGCUUUUACAUUAUAAGAGGGUGAAUGAGGAGAGAAAAUAAAGAAUUGGAGAACAAUGUGUCCACGAAUCAUCGAA